AUGCGAAGAGAAAAAGUGUACCAGGAAAGAAAGCAACCGAAAACACGCCAGAAGUAUGGUAAGCUUGAGAAGAAGAAAGACUUGGUGAAGAGGCUUGCGAAGAUAAACAAGCAAAAAGAGGAGGUGCAGAAGGCGAAAGAGCAGAUUAAAAACAUGAGCGGGCAAGAGUAUUUUUUUGGAUACCACUCUGUGCAUAUGGAUGGAAAGAAAGCAUGCAAGGUUCUGGAGCCGACGGUUGAUGAGCUGAGAAGAAUGAAAGUGUAUAUUGAUAAUGAGAUCCAGCGAUGCGAGAAGAAAAUCGAGAUGUAUAUUCCGAAGCAUGCAGGAGCACGCAUAAGUCUUGACGAGGAGUCCGAAAGCGAUUCAUCCGGUUCUCGUUGUGUAUUUGGGCAGAACGAAGAGAUCAGGAACGAGCUCAAAAAGUAUGUGGAUGAGUUGGCAUUGAGGAGAGAAGAAGUGGUGGAAAAUAUUAACCGACUGAAUACUUUAAAGGAUAGAUGA